GUGUUUCCUUAUCACUUACAGCCGGGCUUCGGACAACACUGUGUUCGCCGGCCCGGGCUUUCCGACAACGCUGACGCUCACCAUAGAGAAUCGUGGAGCGGUGAUCGGCUGCAAUCCAAACCUGACUCUGCACCUAGACGCGCCUGUUUCCGUGGAUACAGGCGAGGGCGAGAUUCUGCCAUGCACAAGCCGUGCAUACCCGACUGCCUUCACUCAGUGUCGACCACGUAGAACCCUCUACCCCGGCAGAGCUAGCCGUCUUACUUACAUAUUGGACGGUAGUAACCUGACAUUGGAGUCACCGACCAUCACUCUAACAUCUUCCAUCAUGAGCUCCAACCCCAUGGAUGAGCAAGCUGCAACGCUAGCCGACAACGUUCGUCAGCUAACACUCUCCGUCAGAUCCACCGCAUCGCUGGUUUCUCUUGGUGGUGCAAACCCUAGCUCGAUCAACGUCUCUUCAACGUCCGACGCUGGAAGAACGGAUCAGGCUAUUCACACACAUACCGUAAUCAAUCUUGGACCUGGUCAUGCACCGGCAUCAUCUAUUGAAAUCACCUACGGGCUGUCGGUACCGGGAUUACAGUUUGCUACGCUGGAGAAUGUACAGGGAACUCGUCGUAAUAUCCGCUGUGACUACGAGUCCGGUAUUGAGAGUGACAUUACGGGUAUUGCUUCCAACGGCACAAUUGCCUAUCGAGUAGAGCGUCUUACAUCUUCCCAGUCUUCAGCUGGCAGUGGAUCUGUGUGCACUACAGUGUGCAAGAUGACGUGUGAAAUCCCGGCACUCCGGAGUGGCGAGUCAGCCGGUCCUCGUCUCAUCUUCAAACUGCAAACAGGACCAUUGAGAAAUGGAGGACAUCUUAGCAGCAGUCUGAAGUUCACCAGCACAUCCCGAGUGGUUAGCGUAAAAGAAGUGACAGGCUUCACAGCUAACCUGACCACGAUGAACACUAUGGGCAGUUCAACAACAAAGCUGGCUGUAGUUGGCGGUGGUGAGGACGGUGGUAUCAACGUUCUCUACAUCAUCCUGCCAAUCGUCAUCGUCCUGCUUAUCAUUCUCCUGGUCAUACUCAUUCUGCGGCACCAAGGUUUCUUUGAGCGUGGAAAACACUUGGAAGAGCUGAUGUUGACCAGCUCUCAAGCAGUCAUGGGUGCUAUAGGAACAAGCGCGGACGGCAUGUAUCGUAAAUCCGUCCCACCACCGGCCCAGAACUCGGAGAACGGCGGUGGUAACGCUCGUACACGCGACCGUCCAUCCCUGACGCGUCAAGAGUCAUCCAUAUAAAAUAUAAUAGGCACAUGCACACGUUGUCCUUGCAACGCUGCACGAGUGGCAGCCCAGUGCUGUAUUUGCACUGCACUGCUGAGACAUGAUGUCACUGUGAUGUCGCUAUGAUGUCACCAUGACCUCACCAUGAUGUACUCAGGUAGCCGAGAUGGUGAGAUGCGCUGGGUGUGUGGCAUGCAUUAUGGUAGUGCCACUACGCUCCAGCAACACAGCCACUACCAGCCCAACUGCCGUCACCAACUCUGCCGCAGUGCAUUAAGUCUUCACCACAACAGCAGCACAGUUGCUGUUGAACUACUUCAUCCUUUCACUCAGCACUCUUCUUUCUCCUUGAAGACGCCGUCUCUUUUUCACGACCGUGUCCACAUCAUUCCACUGUGCACACACUGUACAUCCAAUAGCAUAGGAAAUCAACGUUAUAGACUGUAUGUACAAUGCUGCAAUCCUACAGAGCUUUUCUCCGCUCUCGUCUUAUUGGUGUUGCCAUAGGAACCAAUAUCAUUGUUCAGACCUAACUCUCGUGCUCAUUCCCAUCAAACCUAAACUGUCCUCUCAAGUAAUUACCCGCCUUCAUGCUCGUGCCAUUCCUGAUCUAGUAGAGCUCGAUACAUUAUUUUUUGUUUUAUAGCAUGCGCUUCUUACAGCGUGUGUCCUAAGCUGCACUGGACAAUAUGCAGCUACUGACGCCCGGAAACUAGUAGGUCAUCAUUGCGUGCGUAACUUUCCGCUAUCCUGAUUCAUGAUGAUGUUUCUAUCUUGCUGGUGCCUUUAGGUUGUUUUUAUAAUGCUAGUUAUUCGACUUGAGUCUCCCAUUAUCAUCACAUCUUUUGAUUUCAAUUUAUACAUAGAUCCCUCUCUCACUUAGAGCAAAAGCACGAUCCACGUUUUCAAUUUCCCUCCAUGGUGACAACUGAUAAAUCCUGCAAGCUCAAUGCUCAAUGAUUUUGCCUGCCUUCAGUUCGCGGAUCUAGUCUCAAAACA